AUGAGCGUACACUUCUUUUCUGUUCUUGAAAACAUUAUCAGGCUUGUCGGCUUUCAGCUCUAUGUCAGUGUUGGAGGAAAUGUAACAUUGUUGCCCUCUCUGACCGUGCUCACUUCUCAAUCGUUUUUAUCCUGCAAAUCCUACGGAUAUUCCAAUGCAUUGAUCCUGCUAUUGAUUAUCCUUAGCCGGAAGCACAUGAGCACUUCAACCAAUAACUAUCUGAUUGGACUCGCUACUGCUGACCUGAUUUUCCUUACCAUCAUGUCACUUCGAUUGUGGGGUAUUAUGGUGUCGGAAUAUCACAUCAAUACUUGGCUAAUCUUCAUUGCCUAUUCGGAAAUCUUCCUCAAGAUGUUCAAUCUGACCUCCGUGUGGAUCACCGUUGUGUUGGCAAUGGAACGCUUCAUCGCCAUUUGCUACCCUUAUAGGGCGAUGCUAAUGUGUACAGUUCGACGGGCUCGUUGGAUUGUUCUCAGUAUCUACGUUGCCUCAUUUCUGUGCCAGCUGCCACAGUUCCUCAAAUACAAAAUUGUCUCGUCAACCAAUGAAUUCAACCAGAUUAGCUACAACCUUCACAUGACAUCGGUGAGCAAUAAUAAACUCUACAUGAUCAUAUACGCUUGGGUAUUGGAGGGUUUGCUCGGUGUAAUACUCCCGUUUCUACUGAUUCUCGGACUUAAUACUCGACUGAUUUACGAGAUUCAUAAGUCAACCAAAUACCUGCAGAGACAGAUUGGUGCCACUUGCCGCGCGAGCUGCGCCAUCACCUCAGAACAACUCAAAAUAACGACCAUGCUGAUUGGUAUGUGCGUGGUCUUUCUUGUUUGUCAAGCUCCCUAUGUUGUCUACAAUUAUCUCAUGAGUGUGAAAUUGACUAUUGAAAAGUUUUGGAUUACCUUCAAACGGAUAUUUUGUCUGCGGUACUGUCAAAGUAGGGAACCAUCACAAAACUACAACAAUUGUACGGCUAAAAACACGGCUCAAAGAAGCAAUUCCCUUCUUAUGUCAAAAGAAACGACCAUUUAG